AUGACGUCUGCAGCAAGACGCUUUCGCCCUGAAGACUAUACGGUCGCCUGGAUCUGUGCACUUCCCCUGGAGAUGAUCGCAGCUGCGGCUAUGCUGGAUGAGACACAUAAAGAUUUAAAGGCGAGGCCAAACGAUGACAACACAUACAUCUUGGGCCGGAUAUGUGAUCAUAAUGUGGCCAUUGCAUGCCUCCCAUCAGGGAUUUACGGCACAACCUCCGCCACAAGAGUGGCUACACAAAUGCAAUCCACUUUCAAGUCGAUACGCUUCUGUCUCAUGGUAGGCAUCGGAGGGGGCGCUCCAAGCGGAAAGGUUGAUAUCCGGCUGGGUGAUGUGGUGGUCAGCAAGCCAACAAGGGAUUUUGGAGGGGUCAUACAGUACGAUUAUGGGAAAACAGUGACUGAUGGCCGCUUUGAACGCACUGGUUUAUUGAACAAACCACCAACAGUUCUCUUGACAGCGAUCUCAAGACUGCAAUCAGAGCAUGCAUUGAAGCCAAGCAAAAUUCCUUCUCUUCUUUCAGAGGCGGUGGCUAGGAAUCAUAGGAUGAGAAAAAAGUUCACAUAUUGUGGCGAAGAUCAGGAUCUCUUGUUUGAUUUUGAGUACGAUCACCCUGACCCGGAAAUUGAUUGCGACAGCUGCGACACACGGAGAGUCGUAACACGACCUCACCGAGCUAGCAAUGAUCCGGUUAUUCAUUACGGCCUUAUUGCCUCUGGCAAUCAAGUAUUAAAGCAUGGCCGCACCAGGGAUAAAUUGACUCGAGAUCUUGGUAUUCUUUGCUUUGAAAUGGAGGCCGCUGGCUUGAUGGACAACUUCCCAUGCCUUGUUAUUCGAGGAAUUUGCGACUAUUCCGACUCACAUAAAAAUAAGCAGUGGCAGGACUACGCAGCAGCAACAGCGGCAGCUUAUGGCAAAGAGCUUCUCUCCUUAGUGCAUAGAGAGCAGACUGCGGACACUCCACCAUUAGGAACGAUGAACGAGUUAUACUCUUACAGGGAACAGCCAUUACCCAGGGCGACACUUCUCAAUCGUGAAGUCGUUAAAUAUGACGGCCAGGAAUUUGACGAGCUACUUGAGCGGAUCUCAAGUUAUGAUUACGAGAGAGUCCAUCAAAGGCUUAGUCGGAAACGACUUGCUGGAACCACGGACUGGUUCCUUCAUCAUCCGGAUUUCCAAGCAUGGUUUACCAAGGAGGAUUUUUCCAGUUUGUGGUGCUCAGGAAAGAUUGGCUGGGGCAAAACAAUGAUAGCAACUGCAAUAAUUGACGCAGCGAAAUAUGAUCUCCGCCAUCCCACCGUCUUUUUCUACUGCGAGAAAGAUCACCAUGCAGCCCUCGAUGCAUUGUCUAUUCUCUCAAGUUUUAUAAAACAACUCUGUUCAUUUUUGCACCAGGCCACCAAACCUUUUCCGGAAGAUGUCUCAAAGGAGAUUACGAAGUAUUUUGGACGCAAGAGAGUGAAGCCCGACCUUGAAGACCUGAAGGACAUUUUCACCAUCUUAUUUCCCUGCGCCCCGGGCACAAUUUAUGUCGUUGAUGGCGUGGAUACCCUGGAUAGGGAACAGGCGAUAUCCCUUUUGAGCCUCUUCAGGUCGUUAUUCUUAGAAUCCAGGCGCCCAAAUGGAUCGCGGAUUUUGUUAUUCAGCAGGGACCAAGUUCCAGGAUACAUAAACAUCGAUACGUUCAUGCCUGGGAUUUGUCGGAUCUCGACAUCGGCCAAUGUUAUGCAGGACAUCGAAACCUAUAUCGAAGCAAGCAUCACUGACAAGACCAUGCACCGAAAAAUUACGGAUGAUCCUAUGCUGGCUGCAGAGAUUCCGCGGAGGCUUUUGAUUGAGUCAAGCGAGAUGUUCCUAUGGGUUUAUCUCCAGUUAGAGAUUCUUUGGGACACAUGCCAUACGGAUGAAGCAAUACGGUCUGCAUUAGCUUCGCUACCAAAGGGUCUGGAAGACACAUACGGCCGUUGUAUUGAGAGAAUUGAUAUCAAGGACAGGCGUGUUCUCAAGGUACUCAAAUGGGUUAGCUUUGCGAACAUCCCGCUUCAUGUCGAAGAAUUGCGAGAGGCAGUCGCCUUUGACUCAGAAGACACGGCGUGGAAUGCCGAGAAGAUCCCGGGAAAAGAGUUUGUUAUCGGAUGCUGUGCAAACCUUGUUGUUGUGGAUUCCACAGACAACCGGGUACGUUUUGCACAUCCCUCGGUAAAACAAUAUCUCGAGAAAAGUCGAAGCAAGAUCUUCAUUCAGGGGUAUCCAUCCACAGCGCAAGGUGCUCUUGAGUGCGGGGAGUUUUGUGUUGCUUAUCUUUCUUUCUCGGACUUCAGUCUUCAACUGAGCACGCGAAGGAACGAAACAGCCAUGGUUACUGUCCCACCCCCCAUCCUCUUCGCACCAAGGGCACUACCUAGACUAUUCACCAAACGGUUUUUCCAAAAGCCCCCGGACCAGAAGCAUUAUGCCUCUGUGCCAAUCCGAGGGAUACGCACAUCAUCAACGCCAGAUCGCAAACAGUACAAGUUCCUCGAUUACGCCGUUGCAAACUGGGCCUUACAAACCAAGCAGAUACCUCGUUCAUCGGCAUUCUGGAAGAAGUUCGAGCAGCUCGUCAUGUCUUUUAAUGAAACUUGGAAUUUCCACCCUUGGGUCCCUGGUGGCCGUUCGACACGUUCCCAUCUCCACAGUCUCCUCGGAUGGGCGGUGAAGGAGCGACAUUUACCCCUUCUGUCAAUUGUACAGGCUGCGGGACCCGAUUUGCAAACUGUUUGCAAUCUUCCGCUAGUCGGUGAAAGCCUUCCUGCACUUCAUAUUGCGGCAAAACUCGGAUACAAAGCUAUUGUUGAGAUUCUUCUAGCCUUUUGCAAUGUGAAUGCGCAAGAUCUGGAGCAGUAUACUGCUUUGCACCAUGCAGCAAGUGCGGGUCAUCUUGAAAUCUGCCAAAUUCUAUUGAGUGAAAAGAAGAUCAAGAUGAACAACAGACCAGAAUUUCAAUAUACAGCGAUCAGCUUGGCUGCGAGAAACGGACAUGAGAAGGUUGUUUCUCUUCUUGUAGAGAAGCAAGGAGAAUUUGAGACCAAAGAUAGUUCCAGUCCAAUCUUAUUGGCUGCAGGAAACGGGCACGAGGCAGUAGUGAAAAUACUACUCGAGAAGGGUGCUGAUAUUGAGGCCAAAAGGGAAUCAGGUUGGACACCACUCAUAUUCGCUGCAGCCAACGGGCAUGAGGCAGUAGUGAAAAUACUGCUUGAGAAGGGUGCUGAUAUUGAGGCCAAAAGUGAAUCAGGUUGGACACCACUCAUAUUCGCUGCAGCCAACGAGCAUGAGGCAGUAGUGAAAAUACUGCUUGAGAAGGGUGCUGAUCUUGAGGCCAAAAAUGAAUCAAAUCGGACACCACUCUUCUUCGCUGCAAGGAACGGGAAUGAGGCAGUAGUGAGAAUACUGCUUGAGAAGGGUGCUGAUCUUGAGGCCAAAAAUGAAUCAAAUCGGACACCACUCUUCUUCGCUGCAAGGAACGGGCAUGAGGCAGUAGUGAGAAUACUGCUUGAGAAGGGUGCUGAUCUUGAGGCCAAAAGUGAAUCAGGUUGGACACCACUCUCAUCAGCUGCAGAAAAUGGGCAUGAGGCAGUGGUGGAAAUACUGCUUGAGAAGGGUGCUGAUCUUGAGGCCAAAGAUAAAUCAAAUCGGACACCACUCUCAUUAGCUGCAGAAAAUGGGCAUGAGGCAGUGGUGGAAAUACUACUUGAGAAGGGUGCUCAUAUUGAGGCCAAAGAUCUAUUCAAUCGGACACCACUCUUAUUAGCUGCAGAAAAUGGGCAUGAGGAAGUAGUGAAAAUACUGCUUGAGAAGGGUGCUCAUAUUGAGGCCAAAGAUCUAUUCAAUCGGACACCACUCUCAUUAGCUGCAGAAAAAGGGCAUGAGGCAGUAGUGAGAAUACUGCUUGAGAAGGGUGCUGAUCUUGUGGCCAAAAGUGACUCAGGUUGGACACCACUCUUAUACGCUAGUAUGACCAAGCAGGAGGCAGUAAUGAAAAUGCUGCUCGACAAGGGUGGUGCUGGUACAGUGGAAAUGGAAUACUAG